AUGUCCUUAGAAAAAAUGAAAGACCUCCACCUUGACGAGCAACACCUCAAGCCUGAGACCAAAGAAGUGAAUGGCAUCCUCAUGUCCAAGAUGAUGAGUGAUAACUGGGACAAAAUCUGGAACUUCCAAGCAAAGCCGGAUGACCUCCUCAUUGCAACCUAUGCAAAGGCAGGUACCACCUGGACACAGGAAAUUGUAGACAUGAUCCAAAACAAUGGGGAUGUGCAAAAGUGCCAGCGGGCCAACACCUAUGACCGCCACCCUUUCCUUGAGUGGACUUUGCCUCCACCCCUUAACUCAGGUCUGGAUCUGGCUAACAAAAUGCCUUCCCCUAGAACCUUGAAGACUCAUCUGCCCGUCCAGAUGGUGCCACCUUCCUUCUGGAAAGAAAACUCAAAGAUUAUCUAUGUGGCCAGAAAUGCCAAGGAUUGCCUGGUAUCCUACUAUCAUUUCUCAAGAAUGAAUAAAAUGCUGCCUGACCCAGGUACCCUGGAAGAAUACAUUGAAACAUUCAAAGAUGGAAAAGUGCUGUGGGGCUCCUGGUAUGACCAUGUAAAGGGAUGGUGGGAUGUGAAAGACCAACAUCGUAUUCUGUACCUCUUCUAUGAAGACAUGAAAGAGGACCCUAAGCGGGAAAUUGUGAAGAUAAUAAAAUUUCUGGAAAAAGACAUAUCACAGGAUGUUCUAAAUAAAAUAAUCUAUCAUACCUCUUUUGAUGUAAUGAAGCAAAACCCAAUGGCCAACUACACCACUCUACCCUCCAGCAUCAUGGACCACUCCAUCUCUCCUUUCAUGAGGAAAGGAAUGCCUGGAGACUGGAAGAACUACUUUACUGUUGCCCAAAGUGAGGCUUUUGAUGAAGACUACAGGAAGAAGAUGGCAGGGAGUACUCUCACUUUCCGCACAGAGAUCUGAGAGCAAAUGGGGUAGAGGGGGCACCCUAGAUUUCCUGACUACUCUUUAGCCAAAUGAGCCUCAUGUUAAAGUAUAUUUAACACCUUAAUCCCAUUGCCGGGCUAUUGCAUGGUUCUGUGGGUCCUAUAUACUAUUUCAUCAAAAUGUUAUCAGACCCUGUACAGUAUGAUUUCAGUUACAUUGUAUGAUUAUUCCUAUUGAUACCUACCCCACAACCAUGUACUUUCCUGCACAUUAGGGGGGAAAUGGAACACCAUAUCCUACAGUUGUCUCUUAGAGGCAAAACUCAUGAAUAGAGCACCACACAUGAGAACAGGAUUUCAACAUAAGAAAGCAAAUUUAAAAGGCAGAGAAUGAGAAGUGAACACUGAGCAUAAUAGGAUAGCUGGUUUCCUUAACAACUGUCAUUGUCAAUUGUAUGAUACUAUAACAAAACACCUAGUUCGUUCAUACAGAGUAAAAAGUAUUUUUCUUACUAUUUUGAAGGCUGAGUAACUAAAGAAAAGGGACCACAUUGGCAAGACUCCCUCUUUUUCUAAGGUAGAGGUUCUCUGUCUGAUUGAAUACCUGUAUGCCAGAAGAGGGCACCAGAUCCCUUUAUAGCUGGUCAUAAGCUACCAUGUGGUUUCUGGAAAUUGA